AUGGGCGCCUAUGAAUUGGAUUCGGAAAGUCGUGAAGCUCAUCGGUUGGCUAGAAAACAAAAAAGAGCAGAGAAACGUGCAAUGAAAGCAGCUAAACGGGAAGCUAAGCGCCUUGUAAAAGAAGAAAAACGUGCCCGUCGUGAGGCGAGGCGCGAAUUGAAACGACUUCAUCGUUUGAAAAAACAACAACAAAUGACAACAUCGGACUUCCAGGUGGACGAGUUUUCCAGAGAUGGAAUAAUAAUACCUUCUCCGUCAACAAUGGACUGGACAUUGCAGGCCGGCAUCGAUUCUGUUGCUGGGGGUGAUUUAUCGCCUUCACUUGAUGCAUGCAUUGAAGCUGAAUUACAACAGGGGAACGUGACACCUCUUUCAGAUCGACCAACCAGUCCUUUAAGUGAGUUGUUUUCUUGA